AAUUAUCAACCAACAAAAAACCCCUAAUUUUCCUUCUUCUCAAAUCGCUUAAAUCAUCUCUCUGUUUGCAAUCCAAUCCAAACAGACUCUUUAUCCAAGCUGCAAACCCCCCGCGUAAUGAUCAGAUUUUGAUAAAUUGGAGAAGGGAUGUCAAUGGAGUCUAACAUUUGUGACAUCAAUCACUUGGAUGCCGAUGUCCUCCUGCCUCCUCGGAAACGGCUGCUGGCGGGAUUUAAGAAACAGGCUUCUAAUGCCAAUGGUGCUUCAGAUCAGCCUACGGUUGCUUCUUCCUCUUCACCUUCACCUUCACCUUCACCUUCUACUUCGACUUCGUCAUGCGAUGUUAAUACCCAUCUUAAGAAUCUAUUGAUGAGUUCUCAUUUGUACAACCCAAACCUUUCUCCUGAGGAGAUUUUGGAGUCCUCUAGAGCGGCAGCUACCUUUGCUGUUAAAGCUGCAGUGGCUGCCAGAGCUGCCGCAGAGAAGAAGGCUGCAGUUGCCACUAAAGCUGUUGCUGCAGCUAAGAGUGCAUUGGACAUAGUAGCAAAAUUUUCUGAAGACAGAGACAGACGCCUAAAAAAGAACAAGCUCAAGAAACAUGUCCCUGUUCAACUCCUGUACAAAAAACACGAGCCGGUUGAGAGUCCUAGGACAGAUGAAGAGCUAGCCCGGAAAUUGCACCGAGCCAUCAAUAGUUCCCCAAGAAUCUCAAAGAAUUCACCUUCUGAAUGGAGAGGUCAUAAACAUAAGAGGCCUAAGAUCAUGGCAACUCUUGAGAAAACAAAAGCUUCCAAUGGAGCUAUAGUAUUGGGUGGAAGCCCGUCUUCUGCAUACAAUGGAGAUACUAUGGCAGGAGAAAUUGAUUCUGAGGACUCCAUGGAGGAAUCUGUUAAAGCAGAGGCAAAGGAUGCUAAAUAUGAAAAAUCUGGGCAAUUAGAGUUGGAUAAUGGUGAAGCAAGAUCAAGCCAUUCGAAGGAAAAAGCUUUUGAGGAUGUAACCACUGGUAAAAAGAGGGGAAGAAUGAAGAUAAAGAAGCUGCCCCUGAGCGUUUGUUCCUUUAGAGAUUGAGUGAAUCCAAACGAAGACAUGAUUAGUAAGAGCUCUCCACUGACCGAAAAGAACAUGGAUAAUUCAGCUGCUGCUGUUAAGACCUAUUUUACCUUGGAACCCUCCAAUGAUGGUGUUAUUUCAAUGGAAGGUUCAUCAAUGCUGAAAUGCCAGUAUUUCAAGGUCCCUGCAUGUAUCAAACAAAGCAAAGUCAUGCAAUCAUAAUGUUCAAAUCCUGUUCUUGUAACAGGUGGCUUCAAGGAUUGAAGUUAAUAGCUGAGAUAGGAUUAUUGAUGGAUAU